AUGUGGGUAGGCCAGCAGCAGCAGCAGCAGCAGCAGCAGCAGCGCAGCAGCAGCAGCAGCAGCAGCAGCAGCAAAAUUGUGCUGCCUGGAGAGCCGCUGCACCUCGGCGAGGGUUUUCUUCUAGGGCUAAACACUCAUGUUGAAGAUGGGGUGGCGAGAUCUUCUGUUUGCGGCGUCUUACAAACCACCACUGCGAGAAUAGUGACUGCGAAGGCCUCCAGGUGGCGCUUCACGAGGGGCAGUUUGGAAGACAGCGCAGCCAAACGUGGCGCGGGCGCGGGAAACACCCCCGCGUUGGUGAACAGUUUGUUGACUUCGCUGUGCAACAUUUCGCCCUUCUUUAGGGUAAACCGGCUGGUCUACGUGAAACCCUUAAAGAGCCGCUACGAGGCAAAUGUGGGCGACGUCGUAGUGGGCAGAGUGGCGGACAUAGCCAACGGCAAGUGGCUGGUGGACGUGGGGGCGGCGCGGCUGGCGGUUUUAACCCUCGGGGGAGUUUCUUUAGAUGUUCAAAGAAGAAGAGAUGAAUCUGAUCUUUUGGACAUGAGGGUUUUGUUCAAACCCUCGGAUUUGCUUUGCUGCGAAGUCCAGAAAACCCUCGUAAACCCUAAACCCUAA